CAACAAGCCGCGACGAUCCCCCAGCUUUCCGCGUUGGUCGCGGGGUCGAGACCUUUGCCCAAGUUGUGGUGGGGCAAGCGCCGGGCCUGGACUGGAAGGUGGGAUGUUAAAGUUAGGCACCUACUGUGUACUCUGAGUACACAGGCAAGACGGGGAACGAUCGUAGUACGAUCUCCCGGCCCACCGGGCUCGAUCGACUAUUAUCUUCGUUUGAUGUUCUGGGGAUCUCGCCUCUCCAGCUGCUCUUGUCGAACCACUCACCAUUACAGCACUCGCAUCAAUCCGUUCCAUCUCGCCUGAGCCAUGGCCAGCAGCAACAUUACCAGCGUCAUCAACGAAGAGAUCAGACAGCGUAAAGGUGAGAUCUCGACCAUCAACAGGCAAAUCCAUGCCAACCCCGAGCUGGCGUACGAGGAACACAAAGCCCACGAUGUCUUCGUCAAGACCUUGGAGUCCCUGAACUUUCAGGUGACUCCCCAUGCCUACGGCCUCGCAACCGCCUUCUCGGCGGAGUACGGCUCCGGCGGCCGCCUCGUCAUCUAUAACGCCGAGUACGACGCCCUCCCGGGCAUCGGCCACGCGUGCGGGCACAAUCUGAUUGCCUCAGCCUCCUUUGCCGCCUUUCUCGGGGCCGCCGCGGCUCUCAAAGCCUCCGGGCGGCCGGGUCGCGUCCGGCUGCUCGGCACUCCCGCCGAGGAAGGCGGCGGCGGCAAGCUCAAGCUGAUCGAGGCGGGCGCAUACAAGGGCGCGUCCGCCUGUCUGAUGGUGCAUCCGGGGCCCGGGCACAACAUGCCAGCCCCUCUCCGCGGCGUCGCCUUCGCGCCCAUGCUGGCCAACGUCAAGAUGCGUGUGCACUUCGCGGGCCGCGAGGCGCACGCCUCCAUCGCGCCCUGGGACGGCGUCAACGCGCUCGACGCCGUGUGCCUGUCCUACAACGCCAUCAGCAUGCUGCGCCAGCAGAUCCGGCCCUACGAGCGCAUCCACGGCGUGUUCCGCUCCGCCGGCGACAGGCCCAACGUCACGCCGGCCGACUGCACCGUGGAGUACUACUGCAGGAGCGCGACCAAGUGCGGGGCCGAGGUGCUGUGGCAGCGGGUGCAGAAGUGCUUCGAGGGCGCCGCGAUCGCGACGGGCUGCGAGAUGCGGCUCGAACCGAUAAACUCGUACGCUGACCUGCGUUUCAGCCGGGCCUUGUGCGAAGCCUAUGUCGGAGCGAUGCCUGAGGGGACGGUGUCGCUCGGUACGCCGGCGGAUAUCCUUGCGGGGAGCACGGAUAUGGGCAACGUGUGCUACGAGUGUCCCGGGUUCCAUGGCGUGUUCGGCAUUGGAACCAAAGAGGGCCAGGCAAACCAUACAAAGGGGUUCACUGCGGCCUCUGGGACGGAGGACGCGUUUGAGCGAGCUCUGGAGUGCGGAAGGGGCAUGGCUGAGGUAGGAUGGAAGGUUCUGAGCGAUGACGCAUUUGCGGAAAGGGUGGAAAAAGAAUGGAAGGAGGAUAUGAAGCAGGCUGCGGAGGGUAAGGCAGCUUCCAUAUGAAGAGAUGGCGAUCUAAGUUCAAUGAAAAGAAGAAAACACUAGAUAAAAGAGUAGGAAUUCCCGGAGAUAUCGCCCUGCUAUGACUGGAACCACGGUGAUUUCGGAAAACAGAAAACAAAAAAGCGAAAAUUGUGUUCG